AUGCGGGAGCUGCUCUACGAGUUGGAGCCUUAUGGAAUCGAAACUAUAUAUUAUUUGGAUAUCCUGGUUGACAAUCUAACAUGCAUGUUGGAGUGCACCCGGGAGAGUUUACUUAUAACAAGCAACGCGGAAGGUAGAAUGGCUGGUCAGCUGUCCUAUGUAUGUAAGGGCGAAGUUUGCGAAAACUUUGGUGAGGUACAAAUUAUCCCAGACCACGAUAUCUCUGACAUUAAGAGUGAUGCGGCUUUCAUUUUGGUGGUGGAGAAACAGACGGUGCUGAAGCGAUUGGUACGUGAUAAGUUUCAUGUAGCUUAUCAGUGUAUAAUAAUCACGGGUCGGGGACAACCUUGCCAUAGUACAAAAUUUUUUUUGAAAGCCAUUGCAACCGAACUGAAGCUUCCAAUCCUUGGACUUAUGGACUGCAAUGUGUAUGGGCUGCGAAUUUUUACUACUUACAGAUGGGGCUCAAAAAGAAUGGCACAUGACAAUUACAGAUUGAUAACCCCCGACAUAAUGUGGUUAGGGUUAAGACCAUCCGAUUUGGGGAAGGAUAAGUAUGAGAUAUCAGAAAGCCAAAGGCGGCCGAGGAAAACACAUGAGGAUAAAUACGUAACAAAUAUAGGGAGAGAAAAGUUUGUACUUUCUAAUGCGAAAUGGGUUGACGAGGUGAAUUUGAUGAAAGAUACCCAUAAUAAAGCCAAUCUUGAAUCUUUGGGCGACAACCUGUCGAAGACUUUCUUGCCAAAGAAAUUGAGAGACGCAGAUUGGAUAUAG